CUGGCCAAGUCCAUCGUGAUGCAAUGGCAAACAUACGGCUGCGUCAUAGUGAACCGGAGGGACAAACCAGCCACUCAGCAACUCACACAACACAACUAGGUAACCAUGCAGCACAUCGGACACCAUCAGUAACGCGGCCCGGCCACUGUCUUCUCUGCAACUGUGCAUCUACCACUCCUGGCCCGAGCACACCACGUCGCCCUUACAUCUGUCAACGUAUCAGCAACAACAUGCUCCAAGGCCAGGCGAGAAUUGUGAUCAGCGGCGCCGGUCAAGGCAUCGGCCGAGCCGUCGCUAGACACUUUGCCUCCAAAGGUCACAAGAUUUACAUUGUCGACAUCAACGAAGACAAUGUCCGAUACACGGCCGAGGAGCACCUGAAGGAACAUGCUGAGCGGGUAGGCUGGUCAAAAUGCAAUCUCCGGAGUGUCGACGACAUUCGUGCAACCAUCAAGAAAGCGGCGAAUUUUCUCGACAACCGCAUUGACUUCCUGAUCAACAAUGCCGGAAUAUCCUCGCCAUACUGGAAAGAUGGAAAGACCAUGGCAGACGAGUCAGUCCUGGAUCAAUGGCAGGCAUACGUCGAAACCAACCUCACAGGUCCAUUCGUCAUGUCUCAAGCCUGCAUUCCGUACAUGAAGGUGGAAAAGGAGGAUGAGAAAAGCAAGCUUCCAGAAUCCAAUGUGGGCACAGCGGGACCAUGCAUCAUUCAUGUUAGCAGUUUCCGCGCUUUCAUCUCGGAUCCAAACCAGGAAGGCUAUGCGUCAACGAAAGCGGCUUUGUUGGGCUUGACUCAGAGCAUGGCUGUGUCCUUACAAUCAUUUGGAAUCCGCGUCAACAUGAUCUCCCCUGGUCGGAUCAAGGUCACUCAUGAAAAUCCCGAAGCAGACAAGGAGGGAGAAGAAUGGGAGCUGGACGAAGACGACGUGGAAACACACCCCACCAAUCGUGCAGGUCGGCCGGAAGACAUAACCGAGGGAAUUGAGUACCUUCUCGGUGCCGGAUUUGUCACUGCGCAGAAUUUGGUGGUCGACGGUGGCGUGAGCAAAGUCAAGGGGAAAGCUUGAGCGUCGCUUGAAUGGAGACCAUGUCCAGUGGAAGUGAUCUCACGGUCUUGAAACAACCAGCAGGACCAAUCGCUCAGGAGAUGCUCAAAUUCUCAAUUCUCUUUCUACCUCUCAUGCAGUCUGGCAAGAUCAACCUUCCCGACCUCUUCCAAGUACCCUGUCAGCGCAUCCAGAUCCUUCGCUUCGUCCUCCUCGGUUGAGCCGUUUCCAAAAUAGUGGUACCUAUUCCUCCUUCCCGUUUCCGACCGCUGAAACACAAAGUCUUCCCAUCUAGGCUCCUUCAAAAUGUUGAUGCGAUGGUGACCCGUGCCAGGCCAUCCAAAAAGCGUCCUUGACUUCCCCGUUCCAUUCUUCAACCAACUGUUGCAGGAAUCACUUGUGACUUUGUCCGCAAAGUACUGGUCUACAUAUUCGUUGAAAUCUGCAGUAGCUUCCUGAGAAGGCGCUACCGAUUUGUAACCUUGGCUUUGAACUUUGCGAAUGACCUUUGCAAUGUAUGUGGCAGAUAACUCACAAUGCAAAGGCACUGUUCCGCCAACGGCAUAGCUCUGUGCUUGAAGCACAGCGAAAUAGUUGGGCAUUUCCGGCGCCAUUACGCCAAAAUAGGUCUCCGGAUAUCCUAUCGGACCAUCAGGUGCCCAUUGACGGUUCAGAUCGACUCCAUUUCGACCAAUGGUCGGGAACAGCGGACGGAACCCGUUUUCAAAUCCUGUUGCCAGUAUGAUGGCAUCGACAUGCCUCUCAGUGCCCUGGUGGUCGACCAAGCCAGUCGAAGUGGCAUGAGAGAUUGGUGUGUCCACAUAUGUCACCUGCGACGUUAAUAGAGCCUCCAGGUACCCAGGCGCCGGUGUGGUUCGUUUGCAGCCAGGAGCAUAAUUGGGGAGCAACCGGCGAAGCCAUUCUUCAUCGCCACCGAGUCGCUCACGCAUGCUCUCAAUGCACCUUUGCUUGAUGGAUUCAUUCUCGGGACUUCCUGCAACACCUCCCUUGUUUCCAGGAUGCAGCCUCUUCUCAAUACCUUUUCUGAACUCAAGGUACGCUCUCGGAUCUGACGCGAAUUUGUCCUUCUCUGCUUUGGUAAAGACAUACCCUCCAGGUAGCGAUGACUUGGCUUCAAUAAAUCCGGCAGCAAAGGUUGACAAGAACUUGUAUACCGCUUGCGCCAUUGCCUACAACCGCAAUCCGCUUUCCAGAAAAAUCAUAUGAUUCAUCCCAGGUUGCAGUAUGACACACAUGGCCUUGAAAGGUAGUCGUCAACCCUGGGAUCUCCGGUGCCUUCGGCUUGUUAAUUCUCCCCUGCGCUGAGACAAAAAAAUCGGCCUUCUCAAGGAAUUCCUGCCCGGUCGUCAAAUUUCUCACCAUUACCUCCCAUUCUGCCGUAUCGUCAUUCCAAACAGCACUCAAAACUUCAUGCUUCAAUUUUAGAUGCUUGUCGACGCCAUAGUAUUGCACAACGUCCUCAUAAUAUCUGCGGAUCUCUUCGCCAGGAGCAUAGUAUUCUGACCAAUUUGGAUUUGGAGCAAAGGUUAGUUGGUACGCAUGGGAGGGUACGUCGCAACGGACACCAGGAUAUCGGUUCUGAGUCCAGCCUCCGGAAACCGAGCCGUUCUUUUCAAACAAGACAUAUGAAAGGUUGGGGACUUUGGUUGUUAAAAGGAUCGAUGCUGCGAUGCCCGCAAUCCCAGCACCAACAAUGAUCACUUUCACCGGUUUUUCAGGGGUGUAAGGCCCCUGCUCAAGUCGAAAUUCUUCAUUUUGACUGGAAUAGGAGUCGGACUCCGUUGGCGACGUUAACAUGGUGUUCUUGUGUUGCUUUUGAACGACAAAGGAGAUCAGAGAUUUAGAGCCGCGUUGUGUUCAAAGGUAACCAGCACGUUAAGGCCGGUCUUGAUGUCUUUCAAGUUUCGAAGACGUACACCCUUGGUCAGAUCGCAGGUAAUUCUAGCUCUGGGCAGUGCUUCAUGAUGUCCGCAUGCCGGAGACACCCCGAGAAGACUACUCAGAAAGGAUAUUCUUGUCGGGAUCGGGUCCGGUUCUAGGCUGUCGUGCUAGAUCCUCACUGGAAUCACCGAAAAGCCGUGAUUGGCUCAACAUUUCAUGACGGUGGUGGUAACGUCUUUCAGGAACGUGGCACGCAAUCAGAGCUAGUAUUUGUGUCUGCGAUUCCGCAAGACCCAUUAUCCCACGUCAAACUUGUUAUGAAACUAGCAAAGCUGUCCGGAGUUCACUAUCAGGUCUUUCAGUUGAUGUCUGACAACUAUCCAGGUAUAGUGAGUUAGUGCUCCUUAUAGCUUGCUAUAACGCAGCCCUUCUGGCUGUUACGCUACCGCUCUUGCCACCUCCCCUGGUAGAUACCUCCCAGAAGGCGCUCGAUAGCGCUCUCGGGGAGCUAUCUUGAUAUAGGAUCAAAAGGAAAACGAACUUUCCCUGUCGGGCAUGUAGUUGAUGGCUUCGCCUCGAAUAAAUCAUUGAACACGCUUGAAAACCCCA